CCCGACCGGACUUUGAACCUUCCCACAUUGGAGAGACACACCCCAAAACGGUUCCUCUGCCUCUCUCUCUCUCUCUAAUUUAUAUUCCUUUCUUCCUACUUCAUCUUCUCCCUUAGAUCUCUCCAAGCUAUCUUCUCGGGUAGGUUUUUUCCCGAUCUGGUGGGUCGGAUCUGAUUCCUCGGAAGCAACGAAUCUUUUACGUUGCCGUUCAAAGAAAGUCGAGAAUCAUUUUCUCCCUUUUACUUAUAUAGUUUAGCUGAUUAGCUUCCAAAUCCUCUUGAUCUGUGUUGCUGAGUGAUUGAAAGUUCUCGACUUUAUUAGAUGUUUGGUUAAAAGAUUGAGUCUUUGAGAUGAUGGCAAGCGUCAUUGACGUUACAAAUUAUGGUCAUAGUCCCGUUCAUCGAGCUGUGGUUACAAGAGACUACACCGCUCUCAAGAAGCUACUCUCUGCUCUCCCCAAGAUGCGUGACCCUUCCGAAGUCAAAAACGAAGCAGCUUCUGUCGCUGAAGAGACAAAAGCUGAUUCAAUCGCGUCCGUUAUAGACAGACGUGACGUCAUUAACCGAGACACUGCUCUUCACUUAGCUGUGAAGCUCGGUGAUGAGACUUCAGCUGAGAUGCUUAUGGCUUCCGGAGCUGAUUGGAGUUUGCAGAACGAGCAAGGGUGGAGCGCGUUGCAAGAAGCUAUCUGCGGUAGAGAGGAGAGGAUCGCUAUGAUAAUUGUUAGGCAUUAUCAGCCUUUAGCGUGGGCUAAAUGGUGUAGGAGGUUGCCUAGGCUUGUUGCUACGAUGCAUAGGAUGAGAGAUUUUUACAUGGAGAUUACUUUUCAUUUCGAGAGCUCGGUGAUACCUUUUAUCUCUAGAGUUGCGCCUUCUGAUACUUACAAGAUUUGGAAGAGAGGUGCUAACCUUAGAGCGGAUAUGACGUUAGCUGGAUUCGAUGGCUUCAGGAUACAGAGAUCUGAUCAGACUAUACUUUUCCUUGGAGAUGGGUCUGAAGAUGGUAAAGUUCCUUCUGGUUCUCUCCUUAUGAUAUCUCAUAAAGAUAAGGAGAUUAUGAAUGCGUUGGAUGGUGCUGGUGCUCCUGCUUCUGAAGAUGAGGUUCGGCAAGAAGUGGCUGCUAUGUCGAAAACUAGUAUAUUCAGACCAGGGAUUGAUGUGACUCAAGCGGUUUUGUUUCCGCAGUUGACGUGGAGACGUCAGGAGAAGAGUGAGAUGGUUGGGGAGUGGAAAGCUAAAGUUUAUGAUAUGCAUAAUGUGGUUGUUAGUAUAAAGUCAAGGAGAGUCCCCGGUGCUAUGACUGAUGAGGAGCUUUUCUCGAAUAAUAAUAAUAAUCAAGAGAAUGAAACUGAGAGUGAGGAUCUUGGAGAUGUGUUGACGGAAGAUGAGAGGAAGCAGCUAGAGUUAGCACUCAAGCUGGAUUCACCAGAAGGAGGGUCUUUUAACAGCGAGAGGAUUAUUCCUCAGGACCGGGACAUUCCAAUAAUGGAUGGGAAUAAUGGCUAUUGUAAACAGGAGAAGAAAGGUUGGUUUAGUGGGUGGAGGAAGCGAGAGGAAGGACACAACAAACGAAGUAGUGUUCCUCCGAGAAGUUCUCUUUGUGUUGAUGAGAAAGUAAGUGAUCUUCUUGAGGAUGAUGGGAGACAGGUAAAACCUGGUAGACAUUCAACAGCUGAUACUCUUACGAGAGAUUCUUCGUCAAAAGCUUCAACAUCAGAAGGAAGUGGAAGUAGUAAAAGAAAGGAAGGUAGUAGUAGUAGCAGAGAGAACGAGUACAAGAAAGGACUUAGACCAGUUCUUUGGCUUUCUGAGAGAUUCCCAUUACAGACAAAGGAGCUUCUUCCACUUCUUGAUAUCCUUGCAAACAAAGUCAAAGCUAUUCGGCGUUUAAGAGAGCUUAUGACCACUAAACUACCCUCCGGAACAUUCCCUGUCAAGGUGGCUAUACCGGUGAUCCCUACGAUUAGAGUAUUGGUUACAUUCACAAAGUUUGAAGAGUUAGAAGCUAUUGAAGAUGAGUUUGUGACACCACCAUCAAGCCCUACUUCUAACGUCAGGAACAGUCCUAGAGAGGAAGCACAGUUCUCAUCAAGCUCAUCCUCCUCCUCAUGGUUUCAAUGGAUCAAAACACCGAGUCAACGUCCAUCAACAAGCUCCAAUGUUACGGGAGGGUUUAGUAUUGGUAAAGUUGAAAAUGAUCAAGACCCAUUUGCAAUUCCAAAGGGAUACAACUGGAUCACAUCUGAAGAGAAGAAAAAGAAGGUACAAGAGAAGAAUAAAGCUAAGAAGAGCAAGUCAGCACAGAACAGCUGA